GUUGAGAACUAGAUCUAGUAGAAUAGAGCAAGCACUUCAAGUUUUAACUAUAAAACUAAGCUUCUCAGUGAGUGAAGAUAGAGACCCGAACCCGGAAUAAAAUGGGUCGGAUCAUGGUUCUGGUUAGGGCCUCGGGUCUACUGGUCGCCGUUCUCCUUCUCAUUUGGGCAUUUGGGUUUAGAGCUAGCUUUCUCCCCCAUUCCAACUCCGGCGAUUCCUCGGAUACUUCCCAAAUGGGCCACCUUUAUUCGGCUCUUCAUCCGCUUCUGAUGGUUAUUGGCUUCAUUCUCCUCAGCGGCGAAGCAAUAUUGGCGCACAAGUGGUUGUCGGCGUGGUCCAGGAGCACGAGGAAAUCGGUGCACCUGUGUCUCCAGGGUGCGGCACUAGGGUUUGGUCUUUUCGGAAUUUGGGUCAAGUUUAAGGGUAGAAUCGGAAUACUGGCGAAUUUUUACAGCCUCCACUCGUGGAUGGGCCUGCUCUGCCUCGUCCUCUUCGCUUCUCAGUGGACACUGGGAUUUCUCAGAUUAUGGCACCGGCCAGAGAACAGGCGUACGAGAACGACCAUGCUCCCGUGGCACGCUUUUGUGGGCCUGUACACGUACGGGCUUGCCGUGAUCACUGCAGAAACUGGCCUCCUCGAGAAGUUGACUUUUCUUCAGACACGUAGAGGCGUUCACCGGCGAUCAACGGAGUCAACCCUGGUCAACGCUCUCGGUCUUGGCCUUGCAUUCGUCUCUGCCCUUGUAGUGUUCGCUGCAGUCUCUCAUAAGCACCAUCGUCUUCCUUAUCAAAGUAAAAACGUAGAUGUUAAUUAUCAAAGUGUUAAUAAGUUUGUGCAGUCUGAUGGUUUUGUUAUUAAUGGAAAGGAUGUUUCAUCUUAGGAUUGUUUGCCUUUAAAUCCAAAAUUUAUCUUAUUUAAUUUUUAAGCACAA